AUCUACAUCACUUGGGAUGUUAUGACGUGUGAUAGCGUCAAGAACCAGAGUACACGAGUUAUUUCUAACUGCUACUCGCUUCAGAGAAACUUGACGAAUAUUCCUUUGAAAGAAGAGGUGCUAACUUUGGCGCAGUGCGCCAAAUACCAGAAUCCGGAAGUUUCUGCUGCGGCAUUUUUCGGAGUGGAUCGUUCUGUAACCCUCUGGGUGAUAAUACACAUUAGAGUGAUCACCAGUCGAGCAGUGAAUCAGAGUACUGAACUACCUACAGAGAACAAAUCAAUUGCACAAAAGAGAGUUGGAUAUGAUUAUACCCCAGCAAAUCUCGUCCAUGAAGAACAUGUGUAUGACGUAGAACAUCAAAAUUUACAUCAGGAAAUUCAAGACUAUCAUCAGGAUGUGCAUCAUGAUGUUCAACAAGAUAUACAUCAUGAUAUUCACGAUGACCACCACGACCACAAUGAUCAUCAUGAUCCAGGCUACUGGAAAAAAAAGAUGAUCUGGAAGAAAGGUUGGAAAAAAGUUUGGAAGAAGGGUAAGAAACAAAUUUGGAAACCUCAGUGGAAGAAAUACUGGAAGCCUAUAUGGGUCCCCACCAAGAAACCUGGCUGGAAGGAAAUUCACGUUCCAGACUGGAAAAAAAUCUGGAAGCCCGUUUGGAAACCUAUUCAAGUCCCAGCUUGGAAAGAAAUCAAAGUGCCUGACUGGAAGAAAAUCUGGAAACCAGUAUGGAAGCCAAUUAAAGUUCCAGCUUGGAAAGAAAUUCAAGUUCCUGACUGGAAGAAGAUUUGGAAGCCAGUUUGGGUAGAAAUCCAAGUGCCAGCUUGGAAAGAAAUACAAGUACCUGCAUGGAAAAAACAUUGGAUUCCAGUUUGGGUGAAGGAGGCCAUUCAUGGGAACCAUUAUCUAGGAACUGAUCAUGAGGGAGCCCAAAUUACCGCUCAUGACCUCUGGAAGAAGAAACUUAUCUGGAAACCUAUAUGGAAGAAGUACUGGAAACCAGCCAAGAAGCAAAUUUGGGUUAAUGACAAAAAACUGAAGUGGAAAGAGGCCUGGAAGCAAGUCUGGCGAACGGAGAAAAAACAAAUCUGGAUUGCUGACAAAAAGUUGGCUUGGAAAGAAGCCUGGAAACAAAUUUGGCGUACUGAAAAGAAGCAAAUUUGGGUAACAGACAAGAAACUCGAAUGGAAAGAAGCCUGGAAGCAGAUUUGGAGAACUGAGAAAAAACAAAUUUGGCUGCCAGAUAAAAAGCUUGAAUGGAAAGAAGCCUGGAAACAAAUAUGGGUACCAGAUUGGAAGGAAAUUUGGCUUCCUGACUGGAAAUUGAUCUGGAGGCCAGUUAUUAUUCAAGAAUGGUUUCCAAGUCCUGAUCACCAUGAUCAUCAUCAUGAGUCCCAUCAUGGUUGGGAUCGUCAAGGACAGGACAAUCAAGUACAAGAAAGCAAAGAAACUCCUCAGUAUGUCACGGUUGCUCCAAAUCGUACCCAAAAGUCUUCCAAAUUUUCUUUUCCUUCGUCAUGAUGAUUUCAUUUCACAUGUUAUAUUCGCUCAUUUUUGUAAAUAUUAGUUUGUAGGUACUCUCCCG